GGUCCCGGACCGCCCGAGCGGGCGGGGGGCGGUGGCGCGGCCCGCUGGGUCCGGCUGAACGUGGGCGGCACCUACUUCGUGACCACCAGACAGACCCUAGGCCGGGAGCCCAAGUCGUUCCUCUGCCGCCUCUGCUGCCAGGAGGAUCCGGAGCUGGACUCGGACAAGGAUGAGACAGGGGCCUACCUGAUUGACAGGGACCCCACCUACUUUGGUCCUAUCCUAAACUACCUCCGCCACGGGAAGCUCAUCAUCACCAAGGAGCUGGCCGAAGAAGGCGUGCUGGAAGAGGCAGAGUUUUACAACAUCGCGUCUCUGGUGCGCCUGGUUAAGGAAAGGAUACGGGACAACGAGAACAGAACGUCGCAAGGCCCCGUGAAGCACGUGUACCGCGUCCUGCAGUGCCAGGAAGAGGAGCUCACGCAGAUGGUCUCCACCAUGUCUGACGGCUGGAAGUUUGAGCAGCUCAUCAGCAUUGGAUCUUCCUAUAACUACGGAAAUGAGGACCAGGCAGAAUUCCUCUGCGUUGUGUCCAGAGAACUAAAUAAUUCCACCAAUGGCAUCGUCAUAGAGCCGAGUGAGAAGGCAAAGAUUCUUCAGGAGAGAGGGUCUCGGAUGUAAACUCCAGGAUCCUGAAGGUCAAGAGAGCAACCCAGCAGAGCACCCUGAAGUUCACUCUUGCUCCUGUACAGUAACCGAGCUACUGCAAAGCAACGCUGAGCCUGGCACCAGCCAAGAAGUUUCUGGUCAAAACCAAAGGCGCCCCGCCCCCCACAGGAACCCAGGACAGAUGCACCUUCCAGCGCAGAAGCCUGCUUUUGUUUCCUCAGCCAGUGUCAUCAGAUCUGUACAGCAGCGCAGGGCUGGGUUCCCAGGCAGCGCCCUUCUGGGGGAAGGGGAGAGGAAAGCCUAGCUCCUUGCGUGGGUCUGUACGGCCAGGAAGCUGGAGAAGAAAGGAGAUUUUCCCUGAGCAGUGACAGGUUGCCACCGUGCGCCACCACCGGGGUGUGGGCGCCUCUUUGUGACACUCCGCCUCCUGCUGUGCACCCGGAGCAGAGCCGGGGCAGCUUUGGUCUCCGAGGGGGUCUGGAUGAAGCUAGAGCUUUACCCUACGCUCUGAACAAAGCCUCUCUACAGGGGGGCGGGGGUGAGGCGUCCUUGGUGGAGGUUGGGGAUCGCUGCUCUGGGUCCGGGCACUUAGUUGCUGCCACACCCGCUCUGUCCGUUUGUCCCCGGUGCCACGGACCCGCACGCUGCCCCUCCCCCCAGGAGAGCUGGAGGCAGCGCACUGCAUCAGAGGAGUCUGGGCAACUGGUAACUGCUUCUGCAGCCUCCUGACCGCCCUUUGGCCCAUCUUCCCUCCCUGACGUUCUAAACCGGACCAGGGACAAAGGACCUUGGCCCUUCUGAUGGCGUGGGGUGGAGACGGCUGUUUCUUUGGAAGUUGCCAAAUGUGUUGUUGUAUCCCAAAGUGUUGUUACUUCUGUGCUUGUCUCUUGGAAACGCCUUGACGGAACACGUGCUGUCUGUGUGUCUUCUUGUGUCCGACCUCGGCACGCCGGCCCCACCGCGGAGUCAGCGCCCUCAGCCCACAGUGCGCCGUGUCAGCUGGGCAGUCUGCAGCCUCCUGGCGCCCCACCCCUUGCGCCCUCCUUGUCGCCGCUUGCUCUGGAGUGCGGGGUCCUCGAGCGCGUGCUGGCCCGGCCCUCCUCAGGGCCUCGUGACUGGACUUCUCUCUGCGCUUUGGAGCCCUGCUGACUCGGGCCAGUGCGCCCUCCCUGUGCUGGACGACCUUUAGCGGUGUGCCACGUGGUCCGGAGCCUGGGGCGAGGUCUCCAGAAGUGACCAUCUCCUGAGCCCUGCACUGCCGUGCCCACCUCGUCUCCAGGGUCUCGCUUUGUCCUGAUUCCUCAGUGUGUGGAGCAGUGGGGGUGAGGAGUCCACCGCUGUGGCCCCGCCCGCAACCCAGCCAUGCCAGGUUAGCGCAGCUUCUGCCCACAGCAAACGUCACAGGUCUCCACCCAGUCAGCUUCAGGGGCGGACAAGAUUUGGGCGUGUGACGGAGGGACAACUGGCUGGCUGCCCGCUGGAGGGGCCUUAGUGAGUGGCAUGAGAGGGGGGAUGGUUGCUUUGGGCUGCCCCACAGCCGGCCUCGGCCCCACCCGGGGACGCCGCUGGAGGCCCAAGGGCAGUGGCGAGGCCCUCAGCCCGGCAGCUCCGCUGGUUUGCAGAACAGCACCUGGACCGUUCUCUGAGAGCUCCGAGGUCACCCGCUGUCCCGAGGGCUGGCUUCUGCCACCUCGUGGCAGCCAGUGACAAUUAUUCCAGUGCUCCGGAAGUGAAGAUGACUCGUUUCUUAAGGCCUUUGGAAGACUACUGUACCAUUUCCUUUAUGAACCAAGUCAGUAUUUUCCCUGAGCGCCUUCUCGCACCUGGGGGCAUCCAGGUGAUAACCCCACUUGUUGGUCUGUGUCACGUGACCAGGGACCCACACUCUCCAGCGGCCUGAGGCUGGAGGUGGGAAGAUUCCUGCUUCCUUCCCUGCCAGUCUGAGGCCUGGCAUCUCACGGGACACUGAAGUACGCGUCAGCUCUGGGGCCCACGCGCCUUCCUGGUCUGUGAGAGGGUCCAGCCUCCUGUAAAGUGACUCUUUCCACAGUCUGAACCGAUCUCAGGGUGUCUGGGGAGGCAGAGUGGAGGCAGGACCUAGAUGCUAAGGGGGAGGGCCGAGAGGACACCCACCCCCAGUGUGGCCUUUGAUCCAGACGCUAGGAACCAUGCUGUCACUUGUGGGUGCCCUUUGUUACCGUGUGUGUUUGAGAAAGUCUGAAAUGCUGUGGCUUUUUUGUCAAUAAAGACGUGAAACCAA